UCACAUUGACAGACUGUGGGCAUGUCGGUGUGGAGUAGUUUAGAAAAUAAUUUUUCAAUAUCUUAACUUUUUCGAUAUUGUAUUCAAUUUUCUAAUUCAUUUAAUAUUCGUGGAGUUAUUUUAAGUUUCAUAUCUUUAAAUGGUAUUCUUUUUAACACAAAUGAAAAGUUUGAUAUAAAAUCCAUAAUAUACCUCCCCUAGUAACAUAACAAACAAAUCUUUGUAAAAUGGAUGAAGAGUUCAGCCCAAUAGAUGGGGAAUCCGAGGACAAUUUUGACGAUGAUGUAGGUUUCGAUAGCGAUCCAGGUUCACCUCAGGAUUUUCCUCCCCAACGAAGCCGUGGCGGCAGAGGAGGUUUUUCGAAAGGCCCACCAUCUAGAUGGCAAGCUCCUCCACCAAGAGGGGAAAGGUUUAGAGGAAGAGGAUUUGGUCCUGGCGGUCCACCUUCAUUUUCAAGGGGUUCUAGAGGCAGAGAGAUGUUUAGGGGCCCCCCUCCAAGAGGUCCACAUGGGAACUUCAGUAGUGGGCCUCCAAACUUUUCUGGUGGUCCACCUCCUAAUUGGAGUGGGCCACCCUCUGGUCCACCUCCUUUAUUAGGUUUUAAUGGCCCUCCAGGCACUAAUUUACCACCCCCUUCAAGCAGUGGUCCACCUCCUGGUGGAAUGAGGCCCCCUUCGGGUAUGUCUGGGGCACCAAAUCUAGAUGGACCUCCACCAAUUUCAAAACCUGGCGAUCAAGAAGGUUCAGGUGCUUCAACAGGUGCAGGGGUGUUAACUGAUUCACCAAAUAUAAAUAGUGGACCUCAUCUUACAUCUAAUCAGAAUAACGCACCCUCUUCUCAACCUACAACACCCUUAGAUGCAGCUGCUGAAAUAUGGGUAGAAACAAAAACUGGAGAAGGCAAGUCAUAUUAUUAUAAUGCUCGAACUAGAGAAACUACUUGGACUAAACCUGAUGGACCUAACAUUAAAGUUAUUUCUCAGGACCAGGUUGAGGCUAUGGCUCAAGCUGCCACUGUAGGUUUACCCCAAAAUACAUCCACUGCAGCCCAAGCGGCUCAAGCACAGGCAAAUAUAUCUAAUAAACCUGAAGCUGUCGAUGAUCCCAAACAGGAUGUUGUGAAAGCGAUUCCUACACAGAUUCCACCACCACAUACUCUUUUAGGCCCUCCACCAGGCUUUACAUCUUUUGGGCCACCGACUGGACAAUUCCCUCCUUUUGGAAUGCCACCGCCAGGACUUCCUGGUCCAUGGCCAGGUGCUCCAGGCCAACCAGGUUGGCCUGUACCCCCUGGAGCACCAUGGCCCAUUCCACCAGCUUUAUUUUCAGGAGGUGCUUUGGCGGCUAUAGAUGAAGCAGCUGUUAUGUCAAAAAUUGAUCCGGAAAUCAUAGCUAAAGCUUCUGAGUGGACAGAACACAAGGCUCCAGAUGGAAGAUUUUAUUACUACAACGCCAAAAAAGGAGAAUCUGUUUGGGAAAAACCCCAACCACUUAAAGAUUUAGAAACUGCGAAGCUUGCUGCUGCCCAGGGAAUUUCUACAAAGCCAGCUGGAGAGACUGCAGGAGAAACAGGUAAGACACUAAGUACACCAAAUGGUGCGUUGACUAAAGAAGAACAGGAUAAGGGGAACGAGGAGAAGAUCAAGAAACUACAGGAGGAGAUCAAAAGGAAGAAAGAGGAGGAUGAGAAAGCCAAAGAAGCUAAAGCUGCUGAUAAAUCGAGGCCUAUUUCCAGUACCCCUGUACCAGGUACACCCUGGUGUGUUGUAUGGACUGGAGAUGGUAGAGUGUUUUUCUAUAAUCCUUCUUCGAGGAUAUCAGUUUGGGAACGUCCUGAAGAGUUAAUCAAAAGAACUGAUGUGGAUAAAAUGGUCGCAACACAACCGGACGUACUUUCCACUGCCAAUAAACCUGAGGUAACUAAAUCGCCUGCCAAAAAACAUGCAUCUGAGGAUAGUGAAAGUGAGGAAGAAAUUCCAUCCAAAAAACCUAAACUUGAGGAAGUCAGUCCCGUAACAAUAAGCAACAGUAAUGGAGCAGUUCCACCAACGAAAAAAAUUGACAUUGGUAAAGAAGCUGCCAUAGAAGCCGAAGUACGAGCGGCAAAAGAAAGAGCUGUCAUUCCACUAGAUACAAGAAUAAAAUUAUUUAAAGAAAUGUUGACGGAGAAGCAAGUAUCUGCUUUUAGUACUUGGGAGAAGGAAUUACACAAAAUCGUGUUUGAUCAUAGAUAUUUGCUACUUACUUCUAAAGAACGAAAACAAGUUUUUGAGAAAUAUGUCAAGGAAAGAGCAGAGGAAGAACGGCGGGAGAAAAGAAAUAAGCUUCGGGAGAAAAAGGAUGCAUUUAGAAAACUAUUAAGCGAAUCUAAUCUCAGUGGCAAGUCAUCAUUUAGUGACUUUGCCCAAAAGUACGCGAAAGAUGAAAGAUUCAAAGGAGUUGAAAAGAUGCGCGAACGUGAGAGCUUAUAUAAUGAAUACCUAAUUGAAGUAAGAAAACGAGAGAAAGAAGAGAAAAAUCAACGUCGUGAACAGGUGCGGAAAGACUUCAUAGCAAUGCUCAGAGAACAUUCAGACAUCGACCGCCACUCGCAUUGGUCGGACGUCAAAAGAAAAGUAGACAGCGAUUCCAGGUACAAGGCAGUUGACUCACACAACUUACGCGAGGACUGGUUUAGAGAUUACUGCAAGAUGUUAAAGGAAGAAAAGAAGAGGGCCAAAGAAAAGGAUCGCGAACACAAGAGAGAAAAAGAGAAGCACAAGAAGAAGGACAAAGACAGGGAUCGAGAUAAGGAAAAGAAAUCGAAAGACAAGGAUAAGGAUAAGGACAAAGAAAAGGAUAAAGAUAAAGAGAAGGAGAAAGAAAAAGACGAUUCUAAAAUGGACGAAGAUCUUAACGACGAUUCCAUUAAGGAAGUGGAGGAAGGAGAAAAAGAAGGCGAAACAGAAGAGCAGACCCAAGAUCAGAAAGAUCGUCAAGCAAGAGCCCAGGCUAGUUUACGUGAAAGAGAGAAGGAAGUUCAACGUACAUUAGCUACCCACAUGCGCGACAGAGACAAAGAAAGGGAACAGCAUAAAAGGGAUGAAGCUAUUCAGCAUUUCAAUGCAUUGCUAAGCGAUUUGGUAAGAAAUUCUGAUCUUAGUUGGCGAGAAGUGAAGAGAAUUUUGAGAAAAGAUCAUAGAUGGGACUUAGCUGACAGUCUUAACAGAGAAGAUAAAGAAAAAUUGUUUAAUGAUCACGUUGAACAAUUGGUGAAACGAAAACGCCAAAAUUUCAGAGAACUUUUGGACGAAACAGUUGAAGUUACAUUGGUAAGCGCGUGGAAGGAGAUUAAGAAAAUCAUUAGAGAUGACCCAAGGUAUACGAAGUUCACAUCUAGUGAAAGAUGUGAACGCGAAUUCAAAGAUUAUUUAAAAGACAAACUGAUACUGGCAAAGGGACAGUUUAAGGAGCUACUUCACGAAACCAAACUAAUCACACACAAAUCUUUGCAAACACUGCGCGAAAACCAAGCGCACAUGCAGGAAAUCGAGGAAAUUUUGAAGAACGAUAAAAGGUAUUUGGUUUUGGAUCACAUUCCGGAAGAGAGAACUCAGCUAAUUUUGAACUAUUUGGAGGAAUUGGAUAGAAGAGGACCUCCUCCUCCGCCUACUGCUAGCGAACCUAACCGUAGAUCUAUGAAAUGAGUUCCAUUGAUUGAUGCAUGGUGUUUUAGUUAACAAUUUUAUUGUAUGAUUGUAGGUAAAAUGUUAGUUUUUUUUAAUUGCAUUGUAUGCAGGUGUAUUCUUUUGUUAUUGCUGUAUUUUCAUACCUAACUUCAAUAUCCUUUGUAAAUACAAAAUAAAUGUGACGAACACGUU